AUGGCGCUGGACAGCCCAAGGACAGCAAGAGCUGCGGCUGCAGGCCGGGGUCAAGAUGCACGAGAGCCCCGUGUACGCCAAGGAGAAUGGCACACCCGCGACCAGAUCACGUCUGGGUACAGGAGGCCGCCGAAGUGGGACUUCGACAAGCUUCCCGGGAGGUCGGGAAAGCUGGAUUCGACUGGAAUGGUCUACUACCAGCCGGCCAUGUACGCGGUGCAGCACGACAGCGUGUUGCCCUCCCCGAAGAGCGCCGUGCCCUUCGCCAAGCAGCUCAGCAACGAGGCACCAGGCCAACUGGGCCAUCUGGUGUCGCCGCUUCCAGCGGCGGGCAGCCCAAAGACGAGGGCCAGCCAGCACGAGUCCGUGCAGCCUGACCGCUCGCUCUUUCGUGGCGGUGCCAUGGUCUCUCCACGAGUUCUGUGCGUGAAGGACCUGUCGAAGACACGCUCCAGGGACCGAGCCGCUGUUCCAGACGGGGAACUCGUGGUACGACGAGAGCGACCCUAA